UUAGCACGCACGGCCAGCGCACGUAUAUCGAACUCGCUUAAUUAUCGAGAAGAUCGGGCAUAUUUUGGCGAUGUAUGUAUAUCUGAUCACUACCUAGUUAAUGUUAUCAAACUUACUGAUGUGUAUAAUCGCAGCGAGUGCGCAGUGCAGUGCCGGCACCGGACGAGUUGCGACAGGAUGAUCCCGAUAGAACAAUUGGCGCUAAUUGUCGAUCAACAUCUUGGUCUGAUUACCUGUAAUGAUGACCUACAACAUAAAACGAAAUGGAAAAUCUUCGAAUCUCCCGUGGGUGGCAGAGGCCUCGUCGCUACUGAGGACAUAAAAACCGGCGAAGUAUUAUUUGUUGAUCAUCCAAUUAUAUAUGGUCCACGCUCCGGAACAAAUAUACAACGUGGGUGUACUGUUUGUAAGAAAAUUGAUAGUAAUACUUUUCACAAAUGUUCUAAGUGUGCAUUGUUAUUGUGUUCAGAGCAGUGUCAAAACAGCGGUGUCCAUUUAAGUGACUGUAGUGUAAUUUCCUGUUGGUCUAACAAAGUGCCUAUUGAGGACGUCGAUGACACACUAUUAUCACGCGCACUAACAUCUAUACGAGCCUUGUUAUUGGAUGAAGACCAAAAGAAUCUUCUUACUUCCCUCCAAGCACAUUUUCACCCACAACAUGGAAGUGAAAUAAGGAAUUUAAAAGAUUACUUUGAUAUAUUACCGCAAGAAGAAGAAUUUCUGUUUUUAGUUACGUGUAUACUUGAUGCAAAUGCAUUUCAAAUGGCAACACCGUAUGGACAAAAAGAAAUGAAUUUGCGUGGAUUAUAUCCCGUAUCCUCUCUAAUGAAUCAUAAUUGCGUAUCAAAUACCAGUUAUACAUUUAACGCGGAUUCACAAAUGACAGUAAAAGCUGUAAAACCUAUACGAGCCGGCACAGAAAUAUUUACCUGCUAUUCUGGAAUGUUAUGGGGCACACCUGCUCGGCGACUUCAUCUAUAUAAAACAAAACAUUUCUUCUGCAAUUGUGAACGUUGUGCCGAUCCAACCGAAAGGGGAACUCUCUUGGCAGCCCUCAAAUGUUUCUCUACGGAAUGUUCGGGUUCACUGUUGCCUAUAGAACCAUUAAAAUUUAACACAGCUUGGAGAUGCUUAGACUGCGGCUUGAGAGUCCCACAUGGAAACAUAACAACCAUACAAGGUGCUUUAGGAAGUCUUAUGGGUUCCUUAGACUUUGAAAAUAUUUAUGAAUUAGAAAAAUUUUUCUUGAAUAGAAUCACGAGAUAUAUUCCAAAAAGCAAUCAAAUCGUCGUAGAUUUACAGUGUCGGCUGAUAUGGGAGUAUGGAGAAAUUGAGGGGCUCCGAUGGGAUGAGCUAUCGGAAUCUCGCUUGGAACUGAAAGAGAGCCUGUGCCGCGGCACGCUGCGUACGGUGGCGGCGCUGGGCGCGGGCGACGCGCACCUGCGUGGCCUGCUGCUUUACCACCUGCACGCCGCGCUAGCAGAACGCGCCCGCCGCUCGCCAGACCAGUAUGAGGAACUGAAGUCGGAAAUUGAAAUAACCAUAGAGCAAGCUUAUAAUAUUCUUCAAGGCGACAUAUCUGCACCACCAGAUCUUGAACUGAGAAGACGAUACCUCGGGCCAGGCUGCGAUAAGCCCCAAGAAGAAAGAUUUUUUAUUCUUGAUUCACCAGACAAAGUCACUAAUACAUUAUAAUAUCGUCAUUAUAUAACAUAUGUCUAAAGUCAAUGAACUAAAUUAGAAAAUUCAUUUAGUUGCCAAAUAAGUUAUUUAUUUACACUCCUCGCAACAGUAGUACCACUUAUUUAUUUUAUUAUUAAAUAAAAUCCCUGAUGUAGAAAAUUGGUACAGUGAAGAAUGAGUACUGUUUAGCGUUGACAAACAUAGGAUUAGCGAUGCUCUUCGUCUUUAUGGUAUGUUUUCUAUUAGUUAAAAUAAGACAGAUAUAGUUUUGAUAAGAAUCGAGAGUACCAAAUUGUUAAAAAAGCCAGAGACGAAAACAAGUCUACAGUAGGUUUAAUUUCUAUAUUAUACAUAGAUGUCUAAUUCUGACAAAAAAAAGGGUUUACGUGAAACGUUUUAGGUAACGCUAAAAUAUUGUGGAAAUUAAACCACCAUAUUUUAUUCGUUGUCUCUUUACUUCAAUGUACUUACUAUCAGUUUUUGAACAGCAUUAUGUAAUUACAAAAUUUAAAUAUUGUAAAAAAUAACCACAAAAUAAAAGCUCAUGCUAUAUAUAUAGCCUUAUUAGCAUGUAAACAUGUGUGAGUAAGGAUCGGUGGAUGUAGAACAGGCUAUACUUUUUUAGGCUACGAUAACUACAUUAAGAAAAUAUAUUGUGUUUUGAUUAUUGUUUUGGACCUGCAAUAAGCAAAUAUUACAAUUAUUGUCAUUUGCUUAAAAAAAUCUAAAAUAUUGUACGUACAUACAUAAGUUAUUAUAAUCGUUAUUCGCAAAAUAAAUAUUUCUGAAACAAUCAUAUUAUGAGUAUUUUAGUAAAUGUUUUUACUCGGUAAUAAUCAUAAUCAAUAUGAUAUGUAAUUUUGAAAAACCAUUGGGAAGAAAAUAAAUACUACGCCAUACAAUAGU